AAUUCAAGCGUGGCGAGAAAGGCACUCGUGAACGUGCGCAGAGGGCUUGACGUCACUGAGGCGCCCUGGCUCUCCUGAGCCUGCUACUGCUGGCAAAAAGAUGGGAAAACCAGAUAACCAGUUAUCGAAAAAAAUACUAUAACAUGUCCAAUCUGACGACCAUCUCCAUUUGAAAAGAGACCUGAGCUCUGCCACUGAUCUGAGACAACAGACAACAAGAAAGGGAACCAUACUUUUCUUAUAUCAUGAGUAUGUUUUUCACCACUUCCAGUUAAAGCAGGAUAAUCAGCACAUUUACCCUGCUGUUUGGAGACAGGACCACCAAAUCUAAAAGGAUAUACCUGCACAUACUUGUCCUUCAGUCCUGCUGUUUGCUCCUUUUUUUAGUUUAGCAGAAGAUGUAUGGUAGUGCCCGCUCUGUUGGUAGAGGUGAUGCCAACCAUGGUGGAGGAAGAGAUGCAGGUGGUAGUAGUAAUCAGGGAUCUGGCCGUUCUCCUCGCCUUCCCCGCUCCCCUCGGAUGGGACACCGACGGACCAACAGCACCGGUGGCAGUGGAGGAGGUCCUGGAGGAGCAGGAGGCAAAACACUCUCCAUGGAGAACAUCCAGUCUCUUAAUGCUGCAUAUGCCACCUCAGGACCAAUGUACCUGAGCGAUAAUGAGGUAGCCAUGGCAGGAGACCACAUUCCCAAAAGUGGCGUGGCAGUGACCGCCACGGGGAGGCAGAGGGUGACGUAUGGGUCAAGAAGCAGUGGUGGAGUUGUAGCAGCUAGCACUCCAAAUAUCUCCACCUCAGUGCCUGCUAAUGCGGUUCUGCCAGCAGGCAUGUUGGCAGGUGAUGCACUAGCUUUUGGAGACCACCACAUGGCUUCUACAGUGCCCCAUUCUCUACGACAGGCCAGAGACAACACCAUCCUCGACCUGCAGGCUCAGCUUAAAGAGGUUCUGCGUGAAAAUGAGAUGUUGCGGCGCGAAGUGGAAGUCAAGGAGAGCAAACUGAGUUCCUCCAUGAAUUCCAUUAAAACCUUCUGGAGCCCAGAGUUAAAAAAGGAGCGAGCCCUGAGGAAAGAUGAAGCUUCUAAGAUCGCGGUUUGGAAGGAGCAGUACCGCAUUAUUCAAGACGAAGCUCAGCAUCUCCAGAUGACUGUUCAGGCUCUCCAGGAUGAGCUGAGGAUCCAGAGGGACCUGAACCAGCUGCUCCAGCAAGACCCCGCCAGUCAAGGGAGGGACCUGGCCCUGACGUCUGAACCCACGGAGGAGAACCACCGGCGCCUGCAGGCCGAGUACGAAAGGCAGGCCAAAGAGCUCUUCCUCCUGAGGAAAACGCUGGAGGAGAUGGAGCUGAGGAUCGACACGCAAAAGCAAACACUUGUAGCCAGAGAUGAGUCCAUCAAAAAACUUUUGGAGAUGCUUCAAAGCAAAGGGCCGUCUGCUAAAGCAUCAGAGGAGGACCAGGAGAGGACCAGGAGGCUGGCUGAUGCAGAAAUGCACAGGCAUCACCUUGAGAGUUUACUGGACCAGAGAGACCGAGAGAUCACGGCACUCAGAGAGGAGCUUCACCGUCGAUAUGAAGGAACUCCAGAGUCCACCAAAACUAAGGCUUUACAGACUGUUAUUGACAUGAAGGAUGCAAAAAUCAACUCCAUGGAACGAAGUCUGAGGGAUAUGGAGGAGGAGCUGCUUAUGCUAAAGUCCAACGGACUUCUGAGCUGUGAGGAGCGUCAGGAGGAGAUGAAGCAGAUGGAAGUGUACCGCAGUCACACCAAGUUCAUGAAAAACAAGAUGGAACAGGUGAAGCAGGACCUCUCUAGGAAGGACACCGAGCUGCUCGGAUUGCAGACUAAACUGGAAACACUAAAUAACCAGUUUUCAGACAGCAAGCAGCACAUCGAUGUCCUCAAAGAAUCCCUCACUGCCAAGGAGCAGCGUGCUGCCAUCUUACAGACGGAGGUUGAUGCCUUACGUCUGCGCCUGGAAGAGAAGGAAGCAACUUUAAAUAAGAAGAGCAAGCAGAUACAGGAAAUGUCAGAGGAGAAGGGAACCCUCAAUGGAGAAAUUCAUGACCUAAAAGACAUGCUGGAAGUUAAAGAGCGCAAAAUUAACGUGCUGCAGAAAAAGAUCGAGAACCUGCAGGAGCAACUGAGGGACAAGGAGAAGCAGAUGAGCAGCCUGAAGGAGAGAGUGAAGUCCUUGCAGGCCGAUACUUCCAACACAGACACGGCUCUCACCACCCUGGAGGAGUCACUGGCAGAAAAGGAACGCAUCAUCGAGCGCCUUAAGGAGCAGCGAGACAGGGACGACCGGGAGAAGACGGAGGAGCUUGACUGCUCCAAGAAGGAGCUGAAAGAGUUGAAGGAGAAACUGAGCUUAGUGCAGGGAGACCUGUCAGACAGAGAGACAUCUCUGCUGGACCUGAAGGAGCAUGCUUCUUCCCUGGCUUCCUCAGGACUAAAGAAAGAUGCCAAACUCAAGAGUAUGGAGAUUGUCUUGGAGCAGAAAAGGGAGGAGUGUCUCAAACUGGACAACCAACUCAAGAGAGCUCAAAAUGCAGCGCUGGAGGCUCAAGCCAACACAGAGCUGGCUGAACGCAUCAAACACCUGGAGCAAGAAGUGGCUCGUCACAAAGAGGAUUCUGGGAAAGCGCAGGCUGAGGUGGACCGCCUUCUUGAGAUACUGCGGGAAAUGGAGAAUGAGAAGAACGACAAAGACAAAAAGAUCAAUGAGCUGGAGAGUUUGGCCUCCAGGCAAAUGAAGGACCAGACCAAAAAGGUGGCAACACUGAAGCACAAGGAACAAGUGGAGAAGAGCAGGAAUGCUCGGCUGAUGGAGGAGGCUCGGAAGAGGGAGGACAACAUGUCUGAAUCAUCUCAGCAGGUCAAGGACACUCUGCGCCAGAAAAGCGAACGCAUCGAGGAGCUGGAAGAGGCUCUGAGAGAGAGCGUUCAGAUCACAGCAGAGCGAGAGAUGGUGCUGGCACAGGAGGAAGCAGCCCGGUCACUGCAGGAGAAACAGAUGGAGGAGCUGCUGGGUGCCAUGGAGAAGGUGAAGCAGGAGCUGGAGUCCAUGAGGGCCAAGCUGGCGUCGACCCAACAGUCUCUGUGUGAGAAGGAAGCCCACCUCACAACGCUGCGAGCUGAGCGCAGGAAACACCUGGAGGAGGUGCUGGAGAUGAAGCAGGAGGCGCUUUUGGCCGCCAUCAGCGAGAAGGACGCUAACAUCGCCCUGCUAGAGCUGUCGUCCUCCAAGAAGAAGAAGACUCAGGAAGAGGUGUCUCAGCUGAAGAGAGAGAAGGACAGACUGGUUCAGCAGCUAAAGCAGCAGACUCAGAACAGAAUGAAGCUGAUGGCAGACAACUAUGAAGACGACCACCUGAGGACGGCACCUGACCAGACCAAUCACAAACCCUCUCCAGAUCAGCAGAUGAUCCCCCCUCUUCUAGCCUUGUCCCAGACCCGCAGUAAGCUCAAACUCUACAUCGCCCACCUGACAGACCUCUGCCACGACCGAGACCCCAGCAUCCUCAGCAUGCUCACGCCACCCUCUCACUAUCACCACGGCGACCCUGAAGACUGGGAGGAGGACCUUCAGAAGAUGACAGUCGAACAGUUGGAGAGGGAGCUGGAGGUGUGUGAGAAGGAGAGCGGGGAGCUGCAGGAAUAUGCCAACUUGGUUCUCCAGCAGAUUUCGGACUACUGCCCAGAUAUCCUGGAACAGGUAGUCAACGCCCUGGAGGAGUCGUGCUGACAAAUCUGACCUCCAGCACAACCAGGCAGAGCCCUGAACCCCGACUACCUCCACUCAAAGGAAGGAGAUGCUGGGGUGUGGUUCCAUUUCCUCCUCUGCUUCCUCAUAUAACCCCAAAACUAAUUCAAGACUCACAAGUGCUUUUCUGUCCUAAAUCUCUUUUUUAAGGGAAGUCAAUCCUAAUGGUUACAUUAUGGCAAAUGGGAGAAUGGCUAAAGCACACGGAGAUAAAAUCAUCUUAAUGAACUUUGAAGAAACAAUUUUCUCUGCAGUUUUGUUUGGAUAAAAAAAAUCUGUCCGGCGAAAGAAGCAAACUUCUACAAAGUCUAGAAGUCUUUGCUCUGCAGAGGUUCACCCAGACGAGGCACUUUUACCUUCAAUUCAAAAUCACGACAUGGGACAAGAAAGCACUUUUAGCCUUUUAGCGGUGGGGAGCUGCUACAUCUGGAGGGAGCUGGAAAAGCGUGGAGCCGUGCAGAUGUUUUGAGUCAGUUUCACUGAUCGUAGUAACGCUGCCUACAUGUUUUCACCUAAUGAGCACAACAUGAAUUAUUUCAGCGUAGCUCCGAUUAGCUUAGGUACGUUUUUGAGCUGACAGCGACUGGUUCAUCGGCUUCAGAGGAGGAUCAACCCAUGUUCUCGAGAAGAGAGGAGUAAAGGAAAAAAAUUGUAUUAUUUCUAGAUGGUUUUGCACACAACGUUCAAUUGUUUAUGAUGUAUGCAAUGUUUCUUUGGAGAACGUUCUCGUGGCCUUGGAGCAUGCAUGGAGAUCAGUACUGGACCUAAUACAGGGAUGUUUAUUUCUCUGUAAUCCUGGUGCUAUGGCAUGAUGUAAGAACUUUAAGUGAUCUUCACCCAAAGUUUCUACUGGAGUCACUUAAAGCCCGUUUAAUCUUUAAUUUCAUUGAUUAAAUACAAAAAGAAAUCCCCUUUUCUUGUAUUUUCAGAUGCCUCUGUUGUUUUUUUUAAUAAUCAGGGCUUAGGUUUUUUAAUUACUAAGUGCAUUGACAUUAAAAGAAAAGUCACUUUCCAGCAGAUUUUGACUUUACAGAUCAGUUUGUAAAUAACAUGCUAUUUAACACGUGCAGUAACUGAACAAAGGUAGUUAUUUGGAAGGUGUUGUGCAUUCUUAACAUAAAAAUCUGAAAAGUUACAAGCAGUGCAGUUGUCCUUUGUGUCCAAUUUUGUCUUCUGGACAAAAUGUACGUGUGUGAUGGUAACUGCCAUAACUCGCAGAAAGUCUAUGUUCUAUGGAGAUAUUUAAAUAAAUAUGAUCUACUAUAAAAGUUUACUGUAUCGAUAUGCAUUGAAUGUUUGCACAGAGUAUUGGAAGAGCGAGUUGCUCUGAUCAAAGCGAGUCCUCAGCAGAAAUUGAGGGAAGAGGCAUAAAAGAAAAAGUGUCAAAACAUUGUGUGAAUUAGACGUUUCAAACCGUGACUAUGUGAUGGAAGAGUACUUUUGUCCUUUUUAAAGGUAUUUUCACCAAUUGGUGAUUUUUAUGUUAUCUGGAGAAUGCUAGUUGUUUCUUUGUCAGUGAUGUUUUUUUUUCUUUAGCCUGAUGGAUAAAAAUAAGUCCCCAUCUGCUGUUGUGAGAGAAAAAAUUACUAGUAUAGAUCUAAAAAUACAGUUUUAAAGCAAACUGCACACACAGGGUGUCAGAUGGAGAACCAAAGACACAGCUGGUGUUGAGAUGUUUUGUUUCCCUUUAGCUCCUCGCAGCUCCAGAGAAGAUGUGUUUUACUCCCCGUUACGUUGGCCUGUGUCCCGUCCUGUCUUAAUGUCUCAUCAUCUCUUCUCAACUAUUGGAGAGCACAGAGCUGAUAAAGGGGCUUCAGUCAAGUUUGUUCUACGAUUCUAUUUUGUUUUAAAUUAAAGUACUGCCGUCUGUCUGUUCAUGUCUAAAAUCAAACUUAAAAAAAACAUGUUACUUAUUUGGAUUUUGUAUGUAUGUAUGUAAAUAAAUAAAUUAUAAGCCUUG